GGUUCACAGACCUUUGUUGUCUCACCACCAUGAAAUGCCAUAGUAGCGAGUUCUUAGCAAUCAGCAAGAACAUGGCUGACCCACUCUCCUCCUCCACAUGUCUCUGCAGAAUUUAAAUUAGUGUUCAUUCCAUUACCAUUGCCACCACCAACAAGCUUCAGUUUCAAUUCCUUUUUCAGAACAUCCAUGAAUGAUUCCCGCAGCCAAAACCCAAACAGAAAAAAAGAACAAAAUUGUUUUUAAUUUCCAAUGAUGGUUGGUUUCUGGUAGCUGUCUGUUUGUCAUCUUCAACAAAGGCGGUUGAACAGUUGAAUCCUCUCUCGUUCUCUCUCUCCCUCUCUCUCGUUCUUUUUGUGCUUAAUUUACUGCUCACCGUCACGAGGCAGCGGAAUCUUGAAAGGAAUUCGAGGCAUCCUUAUCUCAACUUUUCAUUUCCCUCCAAAUAAAAUCCUCAUCAUUGUCAUUUUCUUGUUAGUUUCGCUGCUGAACUCUCAUUUCUCCGCCAUUUCUUGAGCUUCUUGGAUUCAUUCGAAGAGAUUUGGCACCAUCUUUUUCUCCAAUCCCUUUGUUUUACUUGUUAUCAUAAUGGGUCGUCUCUUCUUGCUGUUGGUUUGAUUCAAGAUUGCGACCAGCUCAGCCUAUCUUACUUUUCCCAGAAUUCCCUUUUUUGAAAAGGAAUCCAUAUUUGGGUCUUUUUCCUAUUCGUUUUCCUCUGAAAAUUUCACUUUCUGGUUCUGUUUCUUUAUUCGAUUUUAUCUCAAUCAUCUGUAGGUGGGUUUUGAUCAAAAUGCCUCCAUUGUUCUUCCCUCUUCGUUGGGAGAGUACAGGCGAGCAAUGGUGGUACGCUACGCCGAUUGAUUGGGCGGCAGCCAAUGGGUUUUACGACAUUGUUAGAGAGCUUCUCCAUUUAGACCCCAAUCUUCUCAUCAAACUCACAUCUCUCCGCCGUAUCCGCCGCCUUGAAACGGUGUGGGACGAUGAAGCUCAGUUUGAAGAUGUGGCGAAAAGCCGCUCUUAUGUUGCCAGAAAGCUCCUCCUCGAAGGUGAGCUUAAAGGGGGCAAAAAUUCUCUCAUUCGUGCUGGCUAUGGCGGCUGGCUUCUGUACACAGCUGCUUCAGCUGGGGACAUGGAUUUUGUAAUGGAGCUCCUGGAGAAAGACCCUCUUCUGGUUUUUGGAGAAGGAGAAUAUGGUGUUACUGAUAUUCUUUAUGCUGCAGCCAGGAGUAAGAACUGUGAGGCUUUUAAGCUUUUGCUGGAUUUUGCUCUGUCCUUGAGGUGUUGCCCAAGUCCUGGAGAAGGAACAAUGGAGGAAUCGAGUGAAAGUGAAAUGGAAAUGCCUUCAGCUUUCAGAUGGGAAAUGAUGAACAGGGCUAUUCAUUGUGCUGCUAGAGGAGGGAAUUUGGUGAUCAUGACAGAGCUUAUUGGGGACUGCCCUGAUGUUCUGAUUUACAGGGACGCUCAGGGAUCCACCAUUCUUCAUACAGCUGCUGCAAGAGGACAGAUUGAGGUAGUGAAGAAUCUGGUGGCUUCCUUUGAUGUCAUUUCAAGCACUGAUGAUCAAGGAAACACCUCAUUGCAUGUGGCCGCAUAUAUGGGUCACUUGGCUGUGGUGGAGUUUUUGAUUCAUGAAUCUCCCUCUUUAACUUCUCUGUCAAACUCCCAUGGAGAUACUUUUCUUCAUCUGGCUGUUGCUGGUUUUAGAACCUCUGGCUUUAGAAGAUUAGACCGGCAGAUCGAGCUCAUGGAGCAUCUGAUACACGUCGAGUUGAUGAACGUAGAAGAGAUCAUCAACAUCAGGAACAACGAUGGAAAAACUGCGCUUCACGUGUCGGUAAUGGCGAAUGUUCAGUGUGAUUUGGUGGAGCUGCUUAUGUCUGUGCCAUCAAUAGACUUGAACAUUACUGAUGAGGAUGGCUUGACCCCUCUUGAUCUUCUCGAACAACAGCCACGAUCACCGUCUUUGGAGAUUCUGAUCAAACGAUUUGUUUCUGCUGGAGGGAUCUCGAGUCGUUGUGAUAAUAUGUCAUCAAAUGCUUUCGUUUCCCAUUUGAAAAUGCAGGGCAUUGGAAGCAGUCCUGGAACUUCUUUCAGAGUUCCAGAUGCAGAGAUAUUCUUGUACACAGGCAUCGAAAACGUGUCGGAUGCAACUCGUGAUCAAGUAGAUGAGGACUUCGAUUUAUGCUCCAAUGUCGAAUGCGAUUCAUUUGAUUCAUCAAACAAGAAGCCAACCUCCGUAAAUCAUACGACGAAACGGCUGAACUUCCUCUUGGGAUGGCCUAAGAGUAAAGAGAAAAAGCCUGCAAGAACAGAUUGGAUAGAUGAUUAUUGUUCAGAGCUGUGUGAUAUAUCAAGAACUUCACAACCAAACCAAGUUUCACUUAGACGUCAAUAUUCAGACAUUUCGUGCCUUUCACACAACAGAAGAACACAUCCAGCCGUGACCAUUUCUCCAAGCCCCUCAACCAGGAAAAGGUUUGCUGCUGGACUGAUGCACGGCGUUAUCCAAGCAACACCGAAGUUAGCAGUUCCAGCCCGAUCGCUAUCGAGUACCUUGGCGGGGACUCCCAUGUCAUCUCCAAUGUCAACUGGCAUUGAUGGAGUCUCUUGCUCCAAAAGGAAAGUGUCAAGUACAAAGUCGAGACAAGAUUCCUUCAACAGAAAGAUGUUGAUGAACCAGUACUUCUGUUUCGGCGCGCAAGGUAUCGCUGUCGAAGAUCCGAUCAGCUGCAAGAGGGAAAGCCAGAAUGACAGUAAUGUUGGCUCUCUGGUAGCUUAAUGUUAAAACUGAGUGUACAUAGAACUUGAAUCAAUAAGCAAGAACACAAAGGGUAGGUGGGUAUUGAUUGUAUUACAAAUUCCCAAAGUGUUUGGCUUAUUUCUAUCGUUUCAUGGGAUUGAAAUGUAAUCAAUUUUCACUCACACUUAUGGUUCUGCCCAAGAACUUGAAGAACCAUAUGAGAAUGUGAUUCAAUGGAAUCCAAUUCCCAUCCCAAGGA